GAUCAAAUGAAUUGUUACCACAGGACAGGAACACAAUGGAGAACAACACAACCAUCUUUCAGGAUGUCUCUCGGGUUGUAAAUCUGACAGAAAUGCCUCUGAACCCUCUUGAAGAGCAGGUCAUAACAAUAUUUUUGACAAUUCUCAUCUGUGUUGUUGGGAUUGCUGGGAAUAUCAUGGUGGUGCUGGUUGUGCUGCGCACUAAACACAUGGUCACCCCGACUAACUGUUACCUUGUCAGUCUGGCUGUUGCAGACCUCAUUGUGCUCUUGGCUGCAGGGCUGCCUAACAUCUCUGAUGUUGUUGCCUACUGGAUAUACGGAUACACAGGGUGCUUGUGUAUAACCUAUCUUCAGUACCUGGGCAUCAACGUGUCGUCCUGCUCCAUCACAGCCUUCACCAUCGAACGAUACAUUGCUAUUUGUCACUCCAUAAAGGCACAAUUCAUAUGCACCGUUUCCCGGGCCAAGAGGAUCAUAGCUGGAGUCUGGGUCUUUACCUCACUCUAUUGCAUUAUGUGGUUCUUUUUAGUGGACACUGAUGUAACCGUCUAUACCAACGGAGUGGUGGUCACCUGUGGCUACCGUGUCUCCAGGAGCCUCUACAUGCCAAUCUAUUUCCUGGAUUUCACUUUGUUUUAUGUGAUCCCCCUUACUGUGGCCACUGUGCUAUAUGGGCUCAUUGCGAGGAUUUUGUUCAUGAGCCCUUUGCCAGCGCAUCUGAGUGAUGGAGCCGGAGGAGGGUCAGUUCACCAGGGUCACUCUAACAGCACUAACAAGACUAACAAGGGUGCAUUCUCUGCAAGGAAACAGAUAACAAAGAUGCUGGCUGUGGUGGUCAUCCUCUUUGCUUUGUUGUGGAUGCCUUACCGAACACUGGUGGUGGUCAACUCCUUCAUCGACCCACCAUACCACAACACCUGGUUCCUGCUCUUCUGCCGGAUGUGCAUCUACACCAACAGUGCCAUCAACCCCAUAAUUUACAACCUCAUGUCUCAGAAGUUUCGUGUCGCAUUCAAAAAGCUCUGCAAGUGCAACUUGCGGAAGAAGGAGAAGGUGGCAGAGUACAACGUGCCGAUGUAUUACAGUGUGAUGAAGGAUUCGUCCCAUGAGAGCAAUGAGCUGGUCACAGAGCAGGAGGAAAUGAGUGCCCAACCCACCAAGAGGUUCAAUGAAACAGAUGAUGCAAGCACUUCAAGCAUUUCUUAAUAAAGGCUUUGAUGAGUUUGUUGAGUUCAUUAGGUGUGUGUGUGUAUGAUAAAUUAUUUAUGGAAAUCUUUCAUUUUUAUGUUUAUUUGUGUAUUAUUACUGUUAUUUAUACCUGUUACAAAAAGUAUUUGUUGAUGCUGAGGUCUGUAGAUUUUAUUUUGUUUGCUGUUGUUGUAUUUGUGGUGUAGUAGUGGUACUUUUGCAUCAGUAUUGUAACUGUGUUAGAGUGUACUUCACACUGCUUAGUGGGACUUAAUUGCAUCAUAAGGUGCAUGACCAUUACACACAAAUUAGCGGUUCAUGUUUUUGGAAAUAUUGUACUCACCAUUUUAGUGUACAUAAAAAAAGUAAUGACUGGGAAAGAUGGACAUUUCAUGUGACAUGUGAAACUGGUCCAAUGGGUGCAUAUUUUGAAAUUUGCCAUGAGACAAUGUCCAGACUUUUUUUGCUAACUUGUUGUGUCUAGAACUGGUAGGCUAGUUGUGUGCAGCACUGACCUAAUCAUAUUAUCAUAAUAAUGUGUCUCUAGAUAACAAGUGCACUUGUGUUGUUCAUGUGCUCAGGCUGGAGUGUACAGUUCACUCAGAUGUAAUACACUCUUCAAUAGCACUGAUUAACACACAGUCCAGUAUGUUUCCAUUUUUUAAAACACUUAUUUAUACAGGUAUCCCAUU